AUGUCCAAAAAGUGCACCCUCACCAGGACCCAACGUCCACACAGAAACCAUUUCAGAUUCUGGGAACAAGAGCUCUUCGCUCAAAUGCGUCGUAAUACCAAAAGUCCAAACCCACAUCUCUAUGCCCUACCCUUGUCACACGAUUAUCAGAAACUCAGUUCCAUGGGAGAGUUUGAUGGAUUAGACUUAGAAGAUGCCAAGAAAUUACAAGAGGCGGCCGAUGCAAUAGUUGCGCAAACUCGAGAGGAUUUCGUAAAGAACUUCAGUAAUGAGGAACGCGCGAAUGGGAGAUUGAUGUUUAAAAGGGUUAGAGAGCUUUCUGAGGAUGCGGAUUAUGCGGAGGCUUACAGACGCGCGAAGAUCAAUGAAAAGGAGCGCCAUUCAUGUGGUGUUCUUAGGGAUGCAGUUUUGUUCUUAUGCUACCUUGACAUGACGGAUAGUUACCCUGAUAUGGCGAGUAGCUCUGACAGCUUGAUUUGUUAUUCUCUUCUGUACUUCUCCGUUGGAAUAUUUUCUAUGGGUCUCUGGCAGGCGUUGGGGUUUUUGGUAGGGUUUGAAAAGCUUGUGUACUUGAAAUCGCUUUUGCAGUACUGA